AUGGUAUCAGUGCAUUUGAAUUUAAGGAGUAAUGAUGAUCUCUUUGUGAUGCUGGCUGUUAUGGAACUUGGCAAGGAUGCGUACUUCAUGACGAACGAUUUUUUCAUCAAUCAUCGAGGGAUGUUGUCGCCGAGUGGACAGUCUCUGUUUGAUAGAUGGGUUGACCAAAGGGCUGUUCGUCUGGAUGUUAUCGCCCGACAACUUGCCGUAAGUUUUGGAUGA